GUCACAUCUCCUGAUCUUCCCUAUGCCUCGAGUCUUUUCAGGUGAUCCAUUCGUUUCUCUCCCGGUUUCCAUUGCAAGCUUGUAAGACUGUAAAGCAUAUCUCUCACCACAGAUUCUCUCUAACUCAUUUUACUUUGAACUCUGUGUUCUUGAGGUGAGUUGCUGGUAGUGAGAAUGCGAUCAAAUCAUUUUUUUUGUCAAACUCAAAAAGCAGCGUAUAGACUGACCACUGAUAGCUCUGUCCUGUCUUUGUAGCCUCCCAUCAGUCUUCCAUUUUUCUCUUGCAUUGCAGCUUUUCUUUUCAAAAGUGAUGGUGGGAACUAUGUAAGAUGCUACCUUGAUCUUUGUUUAUCAUUUUGUUUGCCCUACCAAGGCAAUGCCUAAGCAUUUUCUUAGAAUGUGACAAUUGCUUUUAAGAGUGACCAAUCAAAGCCUUCGGUUAUGCUUGUGAUUGCCAAUUUGCCAUUGCUGAGGAACGCAGUACUGAUUUUUUUUUUUGUAAAGAGAGGCCAGCCUUUUGCAGUCCAUUGUAGUCAGUCGAACGAAGAGUCUAUGACUUCGAUUUGGUUUGCAUUAUCAAGGAGCUGAGGUUCUCUCAACAUUUACAGCCAACGUUUUGAAGCUCCAGGCUCUGUCAGGUUUUUGCCUUCCACUGUUCUUUCCUGUCAGUUCUCAUUCAUUUCUGUGAAUUAGGAUCAAUCGAGGGACUUGUUUCCGUCUUCUCCUUCAUCCCCAAAACCAUUGCAACAUUCAUCAUUUGCCCCGCUUAAUCACUUGCAGAUUGAAAGCAGAUUUAAGCUUUUUAUCCAUGAGUAAGCCUUUUUCAGAAUUGAAACUUCUGCUUCUUACUGUUGAAUGACUCUCCUCUUUUCUUUCUUUCUCGAAGAUAAUUUGGUGUUCUCCAGAUCAAUAGAAAUCUCUCUUUAGCUCAGUUGGUCCCUUAUCAGGAACCUGUUCUAUGCAUUAGUCUUCUUCAUGUUCAGAUGCAUAAGAACUGCAUGUAUGCCCAAUCCUGAAAAACAUAAUAGACACACUUCAUCCGCAUUGAUUAACCAGACACGACGGCGAACAAGGAGUGACCAGUGAUACGAUGAAUGGUUUCGGAGAAAGUUCGAAGCCAUGGGGCGGAGAUUCCUCCGCUCCAUCAGAACCAGCUUACAGCAAAGAUGGCUCCUGGAAAGAUCUGGGAACAUCGAUGAGCGCGAUAUCGUUUGGUUUAGCCGCCACCGCGAUCUUGAUCGCCAUGUUCCUCGUCAUGGCGAUAUUUGAGCAUGUGAUCAAGCCGAGGGCCUCCUUCCUUCGUCCUCGGAGCAUCGCACAGGCCUCCCGGGAGGUGGGACAGCCUCACGGCCACACCAUCGCCAUCGAGAAGCUUCAGAAUACCCACACAGCUUUGGCCGUCGACUUCCCUGUUUUGAUGCCGGGGCAGGCGUUUCCUACCUUCAUUGCUCAACCUUCGCCUCUUCCGUGCCAAAGGGAGGGCAUGCAGUGGCCUUCCCACGAUGCCGGUUUGCAUCGCUCAACCUUCCUAUAAAGGGAAAGAUGUUCAAGUGUUCGGUUCUUUGCCGCAAUGUGCAUAUUUCCAGUUUGAGCUGCUUCUUGUAGCGUACGAGUGUCGAGUUGGCACAGUUCGUUUCUGAUUUGAUGCUUGUUCAGUGUGAAGUUGGACUAUGAAUCUGAACGAACGGAUCCGACAUGGUUCAUGAUCCGACCCGAAAGAAUAUUUUGGUAACCUCAGUUCUUCCUAAACUGCGCCGGGUUAAUUAAAGUAACAAAAAAAAAUUAACACUUAGGGCAAGGCGCGAUCCGAUUUGGCCC